AUGGUCCUUGUUGUUUCACUGGCUGGGAAUUCUGCCAUUGGAGUGAUUGUUUAUAAAACGCCAAGCCUGCGAAAACCCAUAAAUUACUUGAUCAUGAACAUGGCCAUGUCCGACCUGAUAUUCCCGUUAAUCUUGAUUCCUUGGCGCCUAGUAAGUCUUAAUACGUCUCCUGCUGGUCAUUGGCUUAUUGGCGGCCCUCUUGGCCAAGCUUUGUGCAAGCUUGUAGUUUACUUACCAAUGGUUUCCUACAGUGUGUCGAGUCAGAGCUUAGUUCUGAUAGCAGUAGAUCGCUUUGUAGCCGUGAUGUUUCCACUGCGUUCCCCAGUCAUUAGCCGCAAAGUGCUUCCCUUCGUCAUUACCGCCACAUGGAUCAUUGCUUUGGCUUUUUAUUUUCCUUUUUUGAACAUUGUGAAAGUAGUUGAAUUCAAUGGAGACAGUAUCUGUUCCACGUUUUCUGGCGAAAUUACGUCCUGGCACAUUGCCGCACCCAUCAUAAAUUACAUUAUCAUCGUCAUCACUAUUGUCCUGCUGGUGAUUCUGUACUCCAUCAUCGUCAUCAAGCUCAAACUACAAGCAUAUCCAGGUGAACAGUCGAAUAAUGCUGAGAAAAAGCGCGCAAGAAGAAACAGGAAAGUGUUAAGAAUGGCAUGUGCUAUCGUGUUAGCAUUUUCACUCUCUUAUGUACCCGUCCUCACGACAGGUAUAAUAAUGUCCCUCUUUCCCAAGAUCAUGUCUAGUUGCGGUUUUUCUAUAUUUCUUAUUUUUACCAUAUUCAUGUCUCAUGUGAACUGUGCUGUCAACCCGAUUAUUUGUCUUAUUUUUAGCAGUAAUUAUCGCCAAUGUCUUAAGAGACUUUUGAAAUGCUAA